GGCCCUUUGCUCCGCGCUGCAGCAGCGCUUCCCGGACUCUGGGCAGCCCUCAUCAGCAGGACGUGCUUCCCCGGCUCGCCAACCGGCUGCGGAGCCAGCUCCUCCCCGCAGCGGCGCCAGCUCUCUUCACCCCCGCCGCCCCGCUUCGCAGCAGCGACAUCCCCAGCGGUGUCAGGCUUCAGAAGAAUACCCAUAACAAAAUGAGCAAUCCAGCUAUUAAGAGAAUAGCAAACGAAAUUAUCAAAUCACCUGAGGAUAAGCGAGAAUAUCGUGGACUAGAACUGGAAAAUGGCAUCAAAGCAAUGCUCAUCUGCGACCCCACCACAGAUAAGUCGUCAGCAGCACUUGAUGUACACAUAGGAUCAUUAUCAGACCCCCCAAACAUUGCUGGGCUUAGCCAUUUUUGUGAACAUAUGUUGUUCUUGGGAACCAAGAAGUACCCAAAAGAGAAUGAGUACAGUCAGUUUCUUAGUGAGCAUGCAGGAAGUUCAAAUGCUUUCACCAGUGGAGAACAUACCAAUUAUUACUUUGAUGUGUCACAUGAACAUCUAGAAGGUGCAUUGGACAGGUUUGCCCAGUUUUUCCUAUGCCCUCUGUUUGAUGAGAGCUGCAAGGAAAGGGAGGUGAAUGCUGUUGAUUCCGAGCAUGAAAAGAAUUUAAUGAAUGAUGCCUGGCGAUUGUUUCAGUUGGAGAAAGCUACUGGAAAUCCCAAUCAUCCCUUCAGUAAAUUUGGAACAGGGAACAAAUUCACUUUGGAAACUAGACCAACUAAAGAAGGAAUAGAUGUAAGACAAGAGCUGUUGAAGUUCCAUUCCACUUAUUAUUCAUCAAAUUUAAUGGCUAUUUGUGUCCUAGGACGAGAAUCCUUGGAUGAGCUGACCAGUUUGGUAGUGAAGCUAUUUUCAGAAGUAGAGAACAAAAAUGUCCCAUUACCAGAAUUUCCUGAACAUCCUUUCCAAGAAGAACAUCUUCGGCAACUUUACAAAGUGGUACCUAUUAAGGACAUUAGAAAUCUUUAUGUCACGUUUCCAAUACCCGACCUUCAGAAAUACUAUAAAUCAAACCCUGGUCAUUACCUUGGUCAUCUCAUUGGGCAUGAAGGUCCAGGAAGUCUUUUAUCAGAACUCAAAGCUAAAGGCUGGGUAAAUACUCUGGUUGGAGGACAGAAAGAAGGUGCUAGAGGUUUCAUGUUCUUCAUCAUUAAUGUGGACCUGACAGAGGAAGGGCUUUUGCACGUUGAAGAUAUAAUUUUGCACAUGUUUCAGUAUAUUCAAAAACUACGUACAGAAGGACCUCAAGAAUGGGUUUUCCAAGAGUGCAAGGAUCUAAAUGCUGUGGCUUUCAGAUUUAAAGAUAAAGAACGACCACGAGGUUAUACAUCAAAGCUUGGAGGGAUUUUGCAUUAUUAUCCCAUAGAAGAAGUGCUUGCUGCUGAAUAUUUACUUGAAGAAUUUAGGCCUGAUUUAAUAGAGAUGGUGCUGGAUAAAUUGAGGCCAGAAAAUGUCCGGGUUGCAAUAGUUUCUAAAUCUUUUGAAGGAAAAACUGAUCGAACGGAAGAGUGGUAUGGAACACAGUAUAAGCAAGAAGCAAUUUCUGACGAAGUCAUCCAGAAAUGGCAAAAUGCUGACCUAAAUGGGAAAUUCAAGCUUCCAAUGAAGAAUGAGUUUAUUCCUACUAACUUUGAAAUUUUGCCACUAGAAAAGGAUGCACCACAGUACCCUGCUCUUAUCAAGGACACCGCUAUGAGCAAACUAUGGUUCAAGCAAGAUGACAAAUUCUUCUUGCCAAAAGCUUGUCUCAACUUUGAGUUUUUCAGUCGCUACAUUUAUGCUGAUCCUCUCCAUUGCAACAUGACAUACCUGUUUAUCAGGUUAUUGAAGGAUGAUUUAAAAGAGUAUACAUAUGCAGCACGCCUCUCAGGUUUGAUCUAUGGCAUUGCAUCAGGAAUGAAUGCAAUUCUUCUUUCUGUAAAAGGUUAUAAUGACAAGCAGCAUAUCUUGUUAAAGAAGAUCAUUGAAAAAAUGACCACCUUUGAGAUUGAUGAGAAAAGAUUUGAAAUUAUCAAGGAAGCGUACAUGCGAUCACUUAACAACUUUCGAGCUGAACAGCCUCACCAGCAUGCUAUGUAUUAUCUCCGACUGUUGAUGACAGAAGUUGCUUGGACCAAAGAUGAAUUAAAAGAAGCUCUAGAUGAUGUCACUCUUCCCCGCCUCAAGGCCUUUAUAUCUCAACUGUUGUCACGGUUACACAUCGAGGCUCUUCUCCAUGGCAAUAUAACAAAACAGGCUGCAUUAGGAAUUAUGCAAAUGGUUGAGGACACUCUCAUUGAGCAUGCUCAUACAAAGCCCCUCCUUCCCAGUCAGCUAGUAAGAUAUAGAGAAGUGCAGCUUCCUGACAGAGGUUGGUUUGUCUAUCAACAGAGGAAUGAAGUUCAUAACAACUGUGGCAUAGAAAUAUAUUACCAAACAGAUAUGCAGAGUACUUCUGAGAAUAUGUUUUUGGAGCUCUUCUGUCAAAUUAUAUCAGAGCCUUGCUUCAACACUCUGCGUACUAAGGAACAGUUAGGUUACAUUGUGUUCAGUGGUCCCCGACGGGCUAAUGGCAUACAAGGACUGCGGUUUAUUAUUCAGUCAGAAAAACAACCGCACUACUUGGAAAGCAGGGUUGAAGCUUUCCUAAAAACCAUGGAGAAGUGCAUUGAAGACAUGUCAGAGGAGGCCUUCCAGAAACAUAUCCAAGCUUUAGCAAUUCGUCGUCUAGACAAACCAAAGAAGUUGUCUGCAGAGUGUGCUAAAUACUGGGGAGAAAUAAUUUCCCAGCAGUAUAACUUUGACAGAGAUAACAUUGAAGUGGCGUAUCUAAAGACCCUGACCAAGGACGAUAUCAUACAGUUCUAUAAGGAGAUGUUGGCAGUAGAUGCUCCCAGGAGACACAAGGUAUCCGUACACGUCCUUGCAAGGGAAAUGGAUUCCUGUCCUGUUGUUGGAGAAUUUCCAAGCCAAAAUGACGUAAAUCUGGCACCAGCACCCCCUUUGCCACAGCCUGAUGUGAUUCAAAAUAUGACAGAGUUCAAACGCAGUCUACCACUCUUUCCAUUGGUGAAACCACAUGUCAAUGUCAUGGCUUCAAAACUGUGAAGAAUCCCAAUGGAUGAAGAAAUGCAAAGGGAUCAAUUUCAAGGGGUUUCAUUAUGAACAAACAUCUUAAAGAUUAUUAGGAUAAACAAUCCUGUCCAUUCUGAGAGUCCCUGAUUCACUCUUGGUUCAUUCAGCAUUAAUGGUGUGAUAGGGAUACAGAAAAUUAGAAAAUUAGUUGUAGUCAUGUGUCAUUUAUAUUACAAAACAACUGUUGAAAACCAAAAUCAACCAGAAUAUUAAAGGCUCUUGUAGAUGCAGUAUAUUUUUAAAAUAGUAUAUCCCUUAAAAUUUUCAUUUUGAUAACGGAAUUUGAAGAAGCCUCCAGACCAAAUUGAUCUUGCUUAAAAUAUCCAUGUU